AUGGGGCGGCGGCGGUGGCGGCAGCAGCGGGGAGACUGCAGGGUUGGGGUCCGGGCGGAGGCCCUGCCAGAGGCCAUCGCCGCACUGAGCCGGACGCUGCCCACAGGACCUAGUCCUGAGAUUUUCCGUCGUGCCAAGUUCGACCUCCCGGAGGCGGUCCCUGCUCUCUGGCAGCUGCUCUUUCACGUGCUCUCGCAGGUCCCUGAGGAUUGCGCUACCACGUCUCUAACUCCGGAAGCCCAGGUUCGCUGGGUGAAGUCAACGCUACGCUCCCAGGGCUACCCUCGGCCAGCACUGGCUCUGCUCCCGGAGGAUGGCACCCAGGGCAGCCGUGAACUCCUGCUGGCUCUGUCCUGGCUCCUGGCCCGUGGCCCCCUUCUUGAGCGAGUGCUGACCUGUACCCGAGUGCGGCUGGGCGACGAGAUGUCUGUGUGCGAGUGUGUGGACCUAGCCCGGGGCAGGGCCAGCCUUGACCAGCCUACAGCCUGCAAGGACUCCAACAGCUGCCUCGACGUGCGCCAUGUGCAGUGGCUGAUGGGAAAGCUGCGAUUCCAGUGGCGCAACCUCAUCUCCAGCCACCAGGAGCAUUGCGCUCUCCUGAGCAAGAUUCACCAGUACACACGGGGCUGCCACAGUGACCGGAAUCUGUGCCAUCUGUCUGUUGCUGAAGUGGAACUGCUCAGCGACCCAGAGGUUGGCAAGCAGCUGCUGCAGAGGCUGGAGUGUGAGAAUGCGCGCCUGGAGGCUGCCCUGGACUGGUGCCGCCUGGAGCCAGUCUUCUGGAAGUGGACGGACACAGUCCUGGAUGCUAGCCCCCCAGGCCCACCUGACACUGGCUCACAGCCCACAUUUCUGCCCCGCAUCUCUGACCAAGGGACCAGGGGGCUGGAGCUGUUGGCUUGGGAGCUGCAAGCUCUGCAGGAACAGCUGGGGGCGGCUGUGGAGGCAAGGCGGACAGCGUGGGCAGUCCAGGUCCUGGCCCGGGAGCCCGAGUGGAGAGCUGCAAUGCAGACCACAGAGGAGGCUGUGGAGCGGGAACUGGAAGUCCUGCGGCAGACCUGGGAGCAAGGGGCAGAUCUAACCCAGCUCCAUGGACUGCACCGGCUGGUGAGGAGUGAGACCGGGGCUCUGCCAGGUUGGGGCCUGCACGUCACCGAGGCAGUUGGGGCACUGAGGAGCAAGGAGGCCUGCCUGGAGGCAGCGCUGGGCUGGCUUCAGGAACAGUGUCGGCAGGAGCUGACCAGACUAGUGGGUGCCCUACCAGAACUCCUCUGGAUCCCGCCACAUGGACACUGGGAGCCCUAG